UUUGAAUUUUGACUUUUAUAGUCAAACUUUUGGAUGAAAUUGGGGGGUAGGGGGUGGUAUUUUCAAUGAGGUUGUGUUAUUUUUAGACUAUUGCUGUUUUUGUCAAAAGCAGUUUACUUCAACUGGCAAACAAACACUAAACCCACUUAAGUUUGAUACAUUGCUAUCUAUUUGCAAGGAACAAAAUAAUGAAAUAUCACAAAAUAUUGUCGUAAAUGAAGACAACAUUAGAAAUGGUGAUGUAAAAUUGUCAUAUCAUAAAAACUGUCGAACAAAAUUUAUAUAUUUAAAACCAUUUAAUUCCAAACCAGAUGUAGAAAAUGGUGCCUCUACAUCAAAUAGUGAUCUUGCGACACCACCAAAGUAUACCAGGUCACAGUCAGAUCAGUUUAAUUGGAAAGAAAAUUGUUUCAUAUGUGGGUGCAAGUGUAGCACCAAACAUCGUUCUAAAUGGUCAAUGGUUGAAGGAUCAAUUGAUGAAAAUUCUAAAAUGUAUUCACAACUAUUAAAUAUAUCUUCAUCAAAAAAUGACAUGAACUUACACUCAAGAUUGUUAAGUUGUAAAGGAGAUUUGGUGUCUGUGGAGGCUAGAUAUCAUAGGGGCAGUAAAAACAAAAAUUGCUUGUCUAAGUAUCUGCUGAAUUUGGCUAGCCCAAAUACUGAUAAAGUUCUUGACCAGAGCAUUUUAGAAAAAGUAUGUACACAGUUGAAAAAUGAGUUACAUAUUGAGAUUGAAACAAAACAAAGUGUACUUGAAUUGACUGAUUUAAAAUCGAGAAUGAUUGAACUUUUUGAAAAACACGGAAUGGAAAUUGGAGUUUCGAUGAUGCGCACUAACAGAUUAAAAGUUGCCUUUGGAAAAGUUUGGCCGGAACUUAUGUUUAUUCCACGGGAAGGUACCACCGACCUCGUUUGUUCACGAGAGAUUGAUGUUGAUGAAGCGUUAGCAAAGUAUGUCAAGUUAGAGAAGUCUUUUCAGUCGGCAGCCGAACAGAAUGAUAUUGAAGAAUGCCUGUCCAGUGUAUUCUUAGAUGAAAAUGCAAAUGAAAACACAGUUUUGUAUGAAGCAGCUGUUAUAUUGAGAAGACGAAUUCAGCAGUCACAUGGCCUUGACAAUAUGUACUUUUCUGAAGAUGAGAUCAACAUUAACGAACAGGUCAAAUUCUUAGAUCCUUUAUUGUUCCAAUUUGUAAAUUGGGUAGCCUCUGAUUCAAAACUAGAAGAUAGUCAUAAUGAUCCAGACCAGAGAAUAGUAUCUGUGUGUUCAGAUAUCACAUAUCUAGUUAAACAUGUGAUAACUCCCAAACACCUCGGAUUAUCCAUAUAUCUCCACCACUCAUUCGGGAGUAAGAAAUUGAUAGAGGAUUUACACAGUCACGGAUACACAUUGUCUUACAACGAAUAUAGACAGUUCUUAACAUCUGCAGCAUUACAUGCAUCAUCCAUGCAGAAGAAGACAUUUUCAGGUGCAAUUAUCCCUGCUCAUAUGUCACGGGAAGAAAGACCUGAUGAUGACCUAAUCGUAGUUGCAGCGGACAACUGGGACCACAACGAAGCAACGCUUAGUGGGAAACAGUCUACACAUGCCAUGACAAGUAUCCUGGUAACUGGAAGAAACCGGUGUGCAUCAGAGCGCAUACCUAGAGUGUCAGAACGGUCAAUCAAUCUAUCAAGUCUACCAGGUGUUGGACUAUCAAAUACUCUGGUGUACAAGAAACCUACAAGCAGGCCAAUUCCACCAUUAUCUCCAGUUGAGAUCAGCGAACUCAAACCAUCCGAGCCCGCCGAAACUCAGAAGAUGCGCACAAAUGAGUUAAUGUAUAACAUUAAUCGAUUAGUAACCACUGAAUGUCUGCCGUGGACUGUUUUUCAAACACAUGCAUUUCCUGAUUCAGUUCAAGAACCAUCUGAAAUUGUGUAUAAUCCAAUCAUCAUGGCACCUCCAAAUGAUCCAAACACUGUUUACACAACACUUAAACGCACAAAAGAGCAAGUAAAUGCAUUGGGUCAAUCUGUGUGUCCAGUAAUAUUUGAUAUGGGUUUGUUGACCAAAGCUCUGGAAAUUGUGUGGUCUAGACCUGAGGAAUUUGAAGGUGUUGUACCGAUUGAGGGUGGAAUGCAUUUUCUGAUGAGUCUUUUUGGUGGUAUCGGAUUUAUCUAUGGUGAUGCUGGGCUGAAACACUUAUUGGUUGAGUCAGACGUUUUUGCUCGAAACACCGCUGAUCAUAUACUGUCAGGCAAAGACUUUGAUCGUGCACUUCGAGCAUUGCUUAUGGUUGACGAAGUGCUAAACAGGCGCCUGUUGAUUAAUUUUUUCAGAUGGGCAGAGGACUAUGGCCACACUAUCCCGCUGUCGCUUUUUGAGAAGUUUAAGCUUCUCAACAUUAGAUCAAAUGGAUCUGACACAGUGUUGGCUGAAAUCGGCAACCAGAUCGAGGUGACAAUCAGCCCACUUUUGAAAAUGUUUCGUGCUGAAGGUAGGCUCAAUUCACCACUAUUUCAGUUCUGGGAUGAUUACUUGACUCAUGUUUCUUUGCCCCUCAAACUCUACCUUGCAGCUUCAAGGCAUGCACUCUGGGAUACCUAUAUGUACAGUAAGACCAUAUUGUUGCCGUUUCUCUUUUGUUCGAACCGCACUGUGUAUGCACGGUACAUGCCUUACAUGGUGAUGAACAUGAACCGUCUGCCAGAUACUCUAUUAGAUAGUUUUCAGAAAGGCAAGUUCGUAGCAAAACUCACAGAUGGCACGUUUAAUUGUGUUUGGAUUGAUUACGUAUUGGAGGUCACUCAGAAUAAAAGUCUGAAAUCAUCAGGUGGAAUAGUUGGAAUAACACACAAUGACAGUGCUUUGAUGCGAUGGUUCCUAUCAAGACCAUUAACAGCCAAGUAUGCAAUGGAGUUUCAAUCAGGGCAGAAACCAUCACACCAUGACCCUGGGAAACAUCACACAGAUACUCCUUACCAUAGGAAAGCAUGCAAUGAGUCUGUUGAUCAAAUGCUUAAGCUCUUUGAAGAGGAUACCUUCAUUGAUCCGUUUUGUCUGACUUCACCCCCAUCUACCCUUACAAACAUGGCCACCGGUGUGCCAGCCCCACCAGAGAUUGCUGCAAGUCUAUUGGGAUGUCACAUUACUGGUGAAACGAUGUUGCACAAUUUUGAACGUGACCGAUUUCAGGUGAAAGGUGAACAGCCACCGAAGAAAAAAUUCUUUGAUCCAAUGCCUCGAACAAAGGUAAAGACAAUGGGAGCCACAAAGGCAUCAGUAAAACUAAAAAACAAGACCCUUAACAUCAAUGGCGAAGAGAUGUACCUCAGAUUACUUGCCAUCAAUGCAUACAAGAAGGUUCCAUUGGAACGUGUUGUUUCCUUCGAGAAUGCCCCAGCUCCCUUAAGUUUGUUUGCAGAUGAUGGUACGAUGUGUUCAACCAAAAAAUCAGAUUUCAUGCAGAAGUUAGAAAAUCUUGCCGGACCUGAAAAUGUUAUCAGGAAUUGUUCUGACAUAUCACAUAUUGAUUCUGUUGUGUUUGAUGGUAUGGCCAUUAUACAGAUGUUGCAACCAAGGAUGUCAAAAGCCACUUACCAGCAAAUGGCUGAAGCAUUUUGGGAUCACAUCCUAAGACUGAGUGCAGGUGUUUUAAAUGUACAUGUUGUUUUUGACAGGUAUGAUGAGAACAGCUUGAAGAUGCAAACUCGAGAAAAACGUGGUGAGAAUGUAUUAUCGAUUGCCCCUGUCUCAAUCCAGCCCAACAUGGUCAUUGGAGAUUGGAAACGUGUCCUGACUAGUAGCAGGUCCAGUUCUGAACUAACGAAGCUAUUUACAAUGUAUGUUGCUGCUAAUUCUCAUGUCCUUCUUCUUGAUGGUGUAGAGGUCUUUGUCUCAGGUGGUCUCUAUGACAAAGUACUUAGAAUGACAAAUGAGUAUGUAGCGUAUGACAAAUCCCUUUUCUCCACACAGGAAGAGGCUGAUACUAGGAUGUUGCUGCAUCUUGUACAUGCCGCCUCUGAAGGUGCAAAGAAUGCUGUCUUAUUCAGUCCCGACACAGAUGUCCUGGUACUACUUGUUCACCAUUAUAGUUGCCUUGGAUUGUCAGAGUUGUACUUUAGAACAGGCACUAAGGGCAUGCACUCUGAUAAUACAAGGUACAUCAAAGUACAUACAAUACAUUCAAAAUUGCUACCAGCUAACAGAUCUAUCCUGCUGACUGUCUAUUGCAUGACAGGGUGCGACACAUGUUCCGCCUUCUAUGGCAUUGGAAAGAAAAAGGCGUAUAAUAUUCUCUGUCAACAUGCUGCCAAUCUUUCGGGGCUUGCCAGUCUUGGAGAAACAACCGAAAUUAACCAAACACAGAUAUCGGCAGCUACCUAUUUCGUCGGACUUCUUUAUGGUCAUGACAAAUGUCUGUCUUUGAACUUACUUAGACGGUUUCUUGUUCAAGCUGGCAAGGUAAAGCCAAGAAAACUGCCUCCCACAAGUAACAGCUUCUUGUUACAUUUGUUGAGAUGCGUGUACCAACUCUACAUUUGGAGAAAUGCAUUAACACCUUAUGUUGAUUUGCCUGAUCCAUUAGAUUUUGGGUACACUAAGUCUGGAUCUGGAUUGUACACUCCCCAAUUCAUGUCACAACCAAUGUCUCCCCCAGAGCUCCUCAAUGACAUGGUGUGCACGUGUGAUAAUCAGUGCAAGGAUGAUUGUGUUUGUUCCUCAAAUGAACAACCUUGCACAUCAGCAUGUCAGUGUGAAGGGUCAUUGGACAGUCAAAGUAUAUGCCAAAAUCUUUUUACAAUGCUGGCAAACAUUUGUAGUGAUGAUGAGGAUGAUAUAUAAAUCACAGUUUCACUUAAGAGUUAUGUUCUUUCUCAGUGUCAUGCAACAGCUAAAGCAUUUUAACCCCUACCAUGCUGGACACGAUUGAUUUUGUCUUUGCGGCCAGUGUAGACUACAUCCGUGCAGUCUGAUCAUGGUCUGCACUGUUCGCUAUCCAGUUAGAAAAUUUUCAGUAAACAUCCCUUCAAAUGAUAAAUGAUACUGUCCACAUCUUAAGAUGGACCAGUACAUUAUAGAAAUUUAGCAUGGUAAGGGCUAAUUAGGAUUUUACAAGCUGAUAAUGGGACAUAGGUUAUGAAAACUGUUAACACAAAGAAAAAAUCUUGGCUUCGCCUCAGUUUGUUUCUGUAUGUUAGUUUGUUAUCCGCUUUUAUUGCCCAUGUCCUGUUACUGGCUGGUAAAGUCCUCUUUUUUCUAUCCUAUCUUAAUCAUUAAAGAUAUAGAGAAAAAGUACAUGGAAGAUUGUGUUUGUGGGGUGCCAUAUUAACUUACAUUUGCUAUAAUGUAAAGUUAAAGCCCUACCUCCACGGCUAUAGUGUUCAUGCAGCCCAUUAUUAUAAUAGGUAAUAGUUAAUUGCCACAAGUCACGCUUUUGCAUACAUAAACAGGGAGCCAUUUUAAAAGCUUUGUUUCAUUCUUUACUUUCUUACACUAAAUGAUGCAUUAUAGUAUUAAGUUAACUGUUGCAUUUAUGCAUAAUGCAUAGUGAUUUGCGAUAUACACGUAGCAUUGAGCAGCAAAUCAUAUAUUUGCAUUUUGCAAAAUUUUACCUUAGAUGAGAUUCAUUUUAGAUUACACCACCCACAUAUAAAUCGCCUUAUAAUCAUAUAAAUGUAUUUUUUCAAUACAAUUGCUAUUAUUUGCAAUUGCCUGUGUUUUAACUAGCAUUUGAAUUUAAAAAAAAAAAAUGUUUGACUGAAAAUAAAGAAAAUAUCAAAAUAAAUACUACCCCCUACCCCAAAUUUUCCCAUAUUUUCGGCUUAAAAUUGUCAAAAAUCAUAUAUUAUUUCUAACUUUGAUGUUAAUAUGUCUUUAAUUUAAUGUACUAUGUGUAUUUCUAUUAAUUAUAUCAAAAGAACAAAUAAAAGUUAAUAAAUUGUAGUGUUAUAUUGUCUAUAUAGACAGAUAGGUGUCUUUUGAGAUUUCGGCGGCCAUCUUGGCGGCCAUCUUGGAUUUCUCAAAACGCCACAAGUUGUCAU